AUGAAGUUCAUCCUUCCACUCUCGUUGUCCCUCAUGGGCCUCGGCCUAUCUGUUGCACAUACUUUCAUGGAAUCUCAUGUCGAAGUCCUUCCAACUACUCGCCUCAAGCAAUCCUCCAUUAUAUCGACAUUACCUCUUCUCCCAACAAUCCAAACUAUCGCUCUUCUAGCCACCCUUCCGGCUCUAGGUAUCUAUACACCAGCUCUGAUCGGUAUUGGCAUCAUGUCAAGCAAUGUACAAGCAAAGUCCUGGGAAACAGGUCCUGGUCUGAGUUCUGAUCCACAUUGGAGUCCAAGCCCAAUCGAUAGGCGACGAGCACAUCCUAGAGAUAUUUCUGCUGUAGCCACCAGCAUUGAACACAAAAAUUCCUACCAUGUAGCUGAAGUUUUGAUCAAAAAAUUUGCAGACCUUAUCAGACGCUUAAAUGGACAGCAUGCCGAAUUUGAGUGCUCGGGACAUCUUCCGAAGUUUGCCGCUUUGGGUAGGGAAAAUGCAGAUAAAGGUGAAUCAACAUAUAUCGACCCACAUGAAUCAUCCACAGACUCGAGUGAACAACAUCAUGUUACAAAAUCAGAUCUCAAAAUUCGGCGCAAUGGCAAUACGCCUCAGUCUAGAGGUUCGUGUGGAAGUUUUUCUGACGCUGUAAAUACGUCCGAUGCUGAUGAGUGUUUGUCCACCGAUGGAAAAUCUGGAUCACUCGUUUCGAGAAGCCGCUGGCAAGACUUUAUACAUCUCUGCUGGGGUCUAGGGGCGCACUAUAGCCCGCAUGAAAAUAGGUGUAAUGGUGACUGA